CGUUGCCAACAAGGUGUGGCAACAACAAGAGACCACAAGUUAUCACUAGACUACUCUAGAAAAGAAAAGAAAAAGGAUAUCAUUCAAGUAGAGAGUGAUGAUGAUGAAGGGAGCGUCAUUGGCAGCCGAUAUAAAGAGAAAUCUCGGGGCGAUCAAGGAAAGGGUGUUGGAGAAACUGGCGGCGGCUGCGGUCCCAGCCGAUACUUUGGAGAAUGCUAGGCAUGUUUUAGAGAGCGUGGUGAGGGAUGUUACGGUUGCUGCUCACGGUCUUACCAAGGAUGCUUUGCACCGCGUCAAGACUCGUCUUGUUGAUAUUAUUCCUUCACUUUCCCCUGCAAUUACUAGAAAGAUGGUGGAUGAUGCCGAGAAGGAAGCUAAUGAAGAACGCAAAAGCGAAGAAGGAGAAGAGCCAAGGCAAGAUGAUCAUCAACUCAGCGGGAAGUCCACAUUUGCGUCACCGGCGUCUUCUCUGUUUGCUUUAAUCAAACCGUUAUCCAGGCUUUGAAGAUUAUAUAGGAAACUCCGAGCAUACUUGUUUUUGUCUACAUUUUGCUUCGGAAAAAUAAUGUUUAGAGAGCAUAUGCAGUCAAAUCUCUAGUUAAAUAAUAAUGGAAAAUCACUUGAUGUGAAGAAAGAUAAAGAUUCUGUAGUUUCUUUAACUAUUUCUGUCGUGGAUGUUCUUUAUUUUGCUUUGUAUAUUAGGUAAUGGUGGUUGAUGCUAACACAGAAUACCGGUCGAGUUAUCUGAUUUUAUGGAUUCAGAUGUAGAAUUUGAUUGUGAUAUGAGAUAUCAUGUUCAGGCAAGUAAAGCUCAUAUCAACUGGAGAAGCAAGGCUCCAACAGAAUAGGCAAAGGAUUUCCUCUAGCAUUUCAAUCAGUUGGGAAUCAGUGAGCACUUCUUGCAUAAGCUAAUAAUGGU